AUGGCCGAUGACACUAAAUGUCUGAAAAAAUUAAAAAAAUUACGAAAAAAAUUUACUUGGGAGAUCGAAGCAGAGCGACUCGAAUUUCUACGCCAACUUGACCCUUUAAUCAGUAAUUGGAAGGGCCAACUUCCUCAGCUACAGAAUAUUUUUGGCCCCGAAGAAAUUGAUUGGCUUUUGGCGGAGGCCGCAAAAAAAAAUUGUCGAGGACAACGAUUCAUGGACUUUGCGGUGAGGACUGGUUACAACGGCAAGCCUGACAUUGAAAAAGACGAGCUCGACGCUGAAAAAAACAAACCCGACGUUGAAAAAGACGAGCAACUAUCACCACGUCCCGCUGCUUCGGUGCAUCAUGUGGCUAGACGCGCUUAUGAGGCCACCCGAAAAUUUUUUCAAAGCACCAAGAAGACCAUCCCUAAACUUGAUAUAACAAACGACGGAUUCAACAUAAAUUGCAUCAACGAGCCCGGCCUAGCUCAUUUUCAUGUAGCCUGCAAGUAUGGUUGUAAGAACAUCGCCGAGAAAUUUCUCGAGCUCGGCCAGGAUCCCAAUCUCAUCGUGCAAAGCACAGGGGAUUCGCCGCUACACUUGGCUCUACUUGGCGGAUGCAAAGAGGUGAUCGAAUUGCUGCUGAGAAGAGGUGCCGAUCCCAAUUGGGUCAACAAUAAAGGAUUGACUCCUCUACAGAUUAUUUGUAAUGAAUACAACGACUAUGAUUUAGCGAAGAUGGUAUUCGAGCUCAGUCACUACAAAUAUCGACCAGUGAAAGUAAAUCUUCAGGACAACUUUGGUGACACGCUACUACACGUGGCUCUGUCCCGUAACCACAAAAAUUUGUUUGGUUUACUGCUGAAAUAUGGCGCCGAUCCAAAUUUGGCCAACGCCAAUGGAUUUACUCCUCUGAUGAUUAUUUUCAAUUUAUACAAUGACUAUGAUUUGGCGGAAAUGUUGUUCGAGCUCAGUCGUGACGAAUAUAAGCCGUUGCGAGUCAAUGCUCAGGACAAGUUCGGUAACACUCCGAUACAUGUGGCUCUGUCUCGUGGUCACAAAAAUUUGUUCGAACUACUGCUGAGAAACGGCGCGAAUCCAAAUUUACCUAACGCUAAGGGAUUGACUCCUCUGCAGAUUAUUUGCAAGGAUAUCCAGGAUAACCAUGACUGGUUGCACAUGGUAUUCGAAUUCAGUCAAUACAAGCCGGUGCAAGUCAAUGUUCAGGAUGACAAGGGUAACACACCAUUGCUCUUGGCAUUACGAAACACUUGCUGUAAAAAAAAGGAGGUGGUCGAAUUGCUGCUAAAAAAUGGCGCUGAUUCGAAUUUGGCUAACGAUAAAGGAUGGACUCCUUUGGUAAGUAUUUGCAAUGAUGAUCGCGACGAUUUUAACUUGGCAAAGAUGCUAUUCGACCUCAGCCACGAUCAAUUUCAGCCGGUCCAAGUCAAUUUUCAGAACGGUGCGGGUAACACACCACUACACAUAGCUCUGUAUCGUGGCCGCAGAAAUUUAUUUGAAAUACUGUUGAGAAAUGGCGCGAAUCCGAAUUUGGCUAAUGCGAAAGGACUGACUCCUCUUGAAAUUAUCUGCAAUCGUACCCGUGACGAUUACAAAUUGGCAAAGAUGAUAUUCGAGCUGAGUCACGAACGGUAUAAGCCGGUGAAAGUCAAUGUUCAAGACGAAGCGGGUCAGACCCCGCUACACGACGCUAUGUUAUUUGGUCACAGAAACUUGGUCCAACUUUUGCUGAAGAACGACGCGAAUCCGAAUUCAGUAAAUAUACUGGGAUUGACACCUCUGCACAUGAUUUGCACUGAACAAUACGAUGAUCGACUGGCACAGAUAUUUUUCGAGGUCAACGACGCCAAACAUAAGCUGGUCAAGAUCAACGCCCGGAACAGAUUGGGUAACGCGCCAUUACAUUUUGCUCUGCACCUACGCAACGAAAGACUGAUCGAAUUGCUGCUGAGAAGAGGUGCAGACCCGAAUUUGACCGACGAGAAAGAAUUGACUCCUCUGCACAUUAUUUGCAGUGAUAGCUACAGUGACCAUAAAAUGGCGGAGAUACUCUUCAAAAUCACCGACCUAGUCAAUCAGGUGGUACAGGUCGACGCCCGGGACAAGUUGGGUCGGACACCGCUGCAAAUUGCAGUGGCAAACUUCAAGCCCGAAUUGGUCAAUUUACUCUUGGAUCGUGGUGCCGACAUAUCUAGCUUCGUUUUUCCCUCUGAGAGUUACUUUAGUCAGAGAUUGAAACAAUAUGAAAAAAAGCUCUCGUUGGAACUAGUUACUAGUGCUCUGGCCGUCAUCGAGAUCUUACAGAAAAGAGGAUACGAAUUAAAGGGAAGCGAUGCUCUGACAAUCAUGAAAUUAUUUUCCAAGCUCAAACUAUUCGAAAAAUCAUCGGGGGUUGAAGAAUUUUGUUACGAUGAUGAGCAAUUCGUGAGAGAAGCAAACAAAAUUAUGAUCAUUCCGAGUCUCUCGCUCUACGAUCUGAUCCAGCUGCAACCCGAAGAAAAUGAGAAAAUACUCACAUUUAUGGACUACUGGAAGUUCUGGUGCUCGGGUAAAUUGGAGAAAUUUCCUCAAAAUUCUCGCAACGCUUGUUCUGCACACUUAUGCGAGAUAGUGUCGAGAGGAUUUUUCCGGCGUUGGGCACUGGCAGAGACGAAUAUGGGCCAUGGCCAAGAGCGGACAAUUUUUAGAGACGACCAAUUUGAAAACGUCAAAUUUGGAAAUGGUAACUUUUUAGGAGCACCAAAUUUGUUAGCGGCUUUGGAUUCAUUAACUUUGGAUUCAUGUAACAAAGAAAAAUGA